AUGUGACAGUGUUGACACUGUUGUGGUCGGAACAUAAACAGGGAAAGUCGAAAGAGUGUAUGCCGAAAGAAAGAGACUGUCAACAGCUGGCAAGGAGCUUAACUAAGAAAUAAUUAUUGCAAUAAAACAAUGUCAUCCCAGGGCUCGCCACAACAACUUGUUUCAGGCCGGGAGAUUCCAAAAAGAGCAGUUUUGAACGAUUUAUCUCAACUACCUCAAGAUUAUAGCACCACACCAGGAGGGUCCAUUUUCUCGACAACGCCUGGGGGUACAAAGAUUUUCUAUGACAGAUCGUUUUUGCUUAAAUGUCGGAACUCACCAUUGACAAAAAGUCCUCCUCCCAACAUGGCCAAGAUCCCCGGGGUCACAGCGCCAGCCUCUGAGAACAUCCCCAAGGAGAACGGGACGGACAUUGUCCACGACGAAAACCAAAAGAAGAAAGAGGGCCAUGAGGAUCAGCCCCAGUUUGAGAUGGACAUCUAGUGACACACUACCCAUAAUGCCUUUCAGUUAUCUAUAGGACUGUACUUUUAUUUUCCAGAAGACGUUUAUGUGUAGAUAACUCCAUUAUGACUUAGUCAUAUUUCGUACUUGACAUGUUUAUAUUUAGUGUGAUUUUCAAUUCAGUACCUCCUUCAUUCUUCUGAAAUAAUUGUACAUUUUCACAAGACGGAAAAAUCCAGGUGUACUAUAAUGUAAUAAUUAUGUGUAUACAUUUGCAUGUCGUUAUCUUAUUUCGGGUGCUAUUAAGUCAGGUUUGGAAAAAAGACUGGUUGAGGAAAGCAAAAGUCUAAGUCUGAACAGCCAAAGAGAUUAUUUUAGAUGAAAGAUUGAUUUUUUGCAUUAGUAAUGUCGGCAGGUUUUUUAUUUCGUCAUGCAGAUUUAAUAAGAACACGUUCAGUAUGUUGAUUUUGCAAAACUUUGUACAGUAUUUGUACAUUUGUAUUGAUGUAUUUUGAUCUUAAAAUAAAUUUGUUUUGUUAAGGUUGAAACAGUGAGGUAUUGUAAAUUAUUCGGUAAUGUAAAAUGAUUGACAGCAACAGUUUUAUACAUUCUCAAGCUUCAUGCAGAUUUUCCGUCCUGAAAUUCAAGUAUUUUGGACAUCUUCCUAACUUUGGUGCCAUUUGUGAACCAUCAGUAAUUAGAAACAUUUUGGUGGAAGAAACAAAUUGAUUGAAAAAAGAAAUACUUGGACCUGUAAAUGAGAACUAAUAAUCUAGAAGCAAAUUAUGUGAUUUCAGAUAUUUUUGUGUUCUAAGAAAUACAUGGAAUAUUGCAUUUAAAUCGUGGAUCAUCAAAGUGACCAUUUUAUGUUUGUUAAGACUUUAGACAUACAUGGACAGUGAAUUACUGUUUGUAUGAUCUCAAUUUUUUUAACAUCCUGAUUUACUUAGGAUCUAAGGAUUUUGUUGAACUAAGUUUUAUAAACUCAGACCUAGUUUUGUUACAGGAUUUUUUGGUGCAUAUUUUGUUAAGAUUUUGUCCGGCCUCGCGUCAGACAUGCUGAGUUGUCAAGAUCUGGGCAACAUUCCACAUGGAGCGAUAUCGUCUACGAAUUAAAUAAAACGAAAAAGGAAAUAGGGCAGCAGAUUCCAGAAAGUUAUCACCGUGGAUUAUGCAGGAGUUUUCUCUGUAAACAAAAGUCAUUAUUGAUUUGUCGUUAUUAAAUAAUUUUAAAAAGUU